GCCAGGUUGGUCUGUGCCUAGCUCCACCCCUGCCCUGCCUGCCAGCCCAGCCAUAAAAAAACACCUGAGCCCAUCUCUUGCUGCAGAAGACGCUGGGGUUAGCAGCAUGAAGCUGAAUUUCAGUGGCCUGAGGGCCCUGGUCACAGGGGCAGGGAAAGGGAUUGGGCGUGACACUGUUAAAGCCCUGCAUGCCUCAGGAGCCAGAGUGGUGGCCGUGACUCGCACCAAUGCAGACCUGGUCAGCCUUGCCAAAGAGUGUCCCGGGAUAGAGCCGGUGUGUGUGGACCUGGGGGACUGGGAGGCCACAGAGAAGGCGCUGGGUGGUGUCGGCCCCGUGGACCUGCUGGUGAACAACGCAGCAGUACUUAUCAACCAGCCCUUCCUGGAGGUCACCAAGGAAGCCUUUGACAGGUCCUUCAAUGUGAAUCUCCGCUCUGUGUUUCAGGUGUCUCAGAUAGUGGCCAGGGACAUGAUUAACCGUGGAGUGGCCGGGUCCAUCGUCAAUGUCUCCAGCAUGGUGGCCCACGUCACCUUUCCUAACUUGAGCUCCUACAGCUCCACCAAGGGCGCAAUGACCAUGCUGACCAAAGCCAUGGCCAUGGAACUGGGGCCACACAAGAUCCGGGUGAACUCCGUAAACCCCACUGUGGUGCUGACUGACAUGGGCAAGAAAGUCUCCGCGGACCCCGACUGGGCCAGGAAGCUCAAGGAGCGCCACCCACUGAGGAAGUUUGCAGAGGUGGAGGACGUCGUCCACAGCAUCCUCUUCCUGCUCAGCGACAGCAGCGCCUCCACCAGCGGCUCUGGCAUCCUGGUGGAUGCUGGCUACCUGGCCUCCUAGACUGCCCAGGCGAUGGACCACCUCCCCCCCCACCCCCCGCAGGCCUCCCUGGCCCCACCCUCAAGCCAUAGCGUCUUCUGAUCUCAUGACCCCGCCCCCUGCCACAGCCCUGCCCUCGACACAGCUCACCCAGCGCCCCCACGUCACUGUCUGAUCCCACUACCACUGCAAGCUCAGAUCCUUGGAGUCCUCCCUGUCUGCUUUGCUAGGCUUACCCCCUAAAUAAACGGGCCGUGUGUUCCCAACCGUU